AUGUCCCGCUUAACGGAUAUGAAAGAGUUUGGAGAGGCUGCUGCUUACCUCCGCAAGACUGAGCUGGAACUGCUGGCUGCUCAGACCUUAGCUUUCGACGGUAAAAAGAGAGUAUGGGUGCCCGAUGAGAAGCAAGCUUACAUUGAAGUGGAGAUCAAGGAAAUCACUGAUGGCAAAGCCACUGUGGAGACGAAGGAUGGCAAGACCCUGACGGUGAAGGAGGACGACAUUCAGCAGAUGAACCCUCCCAAAUUCGACAUGAUUGAGGACAUGGCCAUGCUGACCAACCUCAACGAGGCCUCGGUGCUCUUCAACCUGCGGCGCCGCUACCACAGCUGGAUGAUAUACACCUACUCUGGGCUCUUCUGCGUAACAGUGAACCCUUAUAAGUGGCUGCCUGUCUAUACCGCCUCUGUGGUCGCUGCCUAUAAAGGCAAGCGCCGGUCAGAGGUCCCACCCCACAUCUACGCCAUUGCUGACAAUGCCUACAAUGACAUGUUGCGCAAUCGUGAGAACCAAUCCAUGCUCAUUACCGGAGAAUCCGGUGCUGGCAAAACUGUCAACACGAAACGUGUAAUUCAGUAUUUUGCCAUUGUAGCAGCCCUGGGGGAAGCAGUCAGCAAAAAAGGAGGUACCUUAGAGGACCAGAUCAUUGAGGCGAACCCAGCUAUGGAGGCUUUUGGGAAUGCUAAAACACUGAGGAACGACAACUCGUCCCGCUUUGGCAAGUUCAUCAGGAUCCAUUUUGGCCACACUGGGAAACUGGCUUCUGCUGACAUUGACAUCUAUCUUUUGGAAAAAUCCAGAGUGAUCUUUCAGCAGCCAGGAGAAAGAAGCUAUCACAUUUACUACCAGAUCAUGUCCCAGAAGAAACCAGAACUUCUAGAUAUGCUCCUGGUGUCCUCAAACCCUUACGACUACCACUACUGCUCGCAAGGUGUGACCACCGUGGACAACGUGGAUGAUGGGCAGGAGCUGUUAGCCACAGAUCAUGCCAUGGACACGCUUGGCUUCAGUGCAGAGGAGAAGUACGGCUGCUAUAAAAUAGUGGGCGCCAUCAUGCACUUCGGAAACAUGAAGUUCAAGCUGAGGCAGCGUGAAGAGCAGGCAGAGGCCGAUGGCACUGAAAGUGCCGAUAAGGCGUCCUACUUGAUGGGGAUCAGUUCAGCUGACCUCAUCAAGGGCCUCCUGCACCCCCGUGUUAAGGUGGGAAAUGAGUACAUCACCAGGGGACAGACUGUCGAGCAGGUGACCUACGCGGUGGGUGCUCUGGCCAAAGCCACAUAUGACCGGAUGUUCAAGUGGCUGGUGGGGAGAAUCAACAAGACCCUCUACACCGUGCUGCCAAGGCAGUUCUUCAUCGGAGUACUGGACAUAGCAGGCUUCGAGAUUUUCGAAUUCAAUAACUUUGAGCAGCUCUGCAUCAACUUCACCAAUGAGAAACUGCAACAGUUUUUCAACCACCACAUGUUCAUCCUGGAACAAGACGAGUACAAGAGGGAGGGCAUCGAAUGGACGUUCAUCGACUUUGGCCUGGACUUGCAGGCCUGCAUUGACCUCAUUGAGAAGCCAAUGGGAAUCAUGUCCAUCAUGGAGGAAGAAUGCAUGUUUCCAAAGGCAACUGACAGCAGCUUCAAGGCCAAGCUUUAUGACAAUCACCUCGGCAAGUCAGCCAACUUCCAAAAGCCUCGUCCUGACAAGAAACGCAAGUACGAGGCCCACUUUGAGCUGGUGCACUAUGCCGGAGUGGUACCAUACAACAUUAGUGGCUGGCUGGACAAAAAUAAAGACCCGCUGAAUGAGACCGUGGUGGGCUGUUUCCAAAAGUCAGCUAACAAGCUGCUGGCUUCGCUGUACGAGAACUAUGUCAGCGCUGACGCAGCAGUAGAUCCCAAGUCAGGGUCCAAGGAGAAGAGGAAGAAAGGGGCUUCGUUCCAGACUGUGUCACAGCUGCACAAGGAGAAUCUGAAUAAGCUGAUGACAAAUCUGCGCAGCACACAGCCCCGCUUUGUGCGCUGCAUCAUCCCCAAUGAGACCAAGACCCCAGGUGCCAUCGACCCAUUCCUGGUGCUGCACCAGCUUCGCUGUAACGGCGUGCUGGAGGGAAUCCGCAUAUGCAGGAAGGGCUUCCCCAACCGCAUCCUGUACGCAGAGUUCAAGCAGCGGUACCGGAUCCUGAAUCCCCAAGCCAUUCCAGAUGAUAAGUUUGUGGACAGCAGGAAGGCAGCAGAGAAACUUCUGGGCUCCCUGGAUAUUGACCACAGCCAGUACAAGUUUGGCCACACCAAGGUGUUCUUCAAAGCUGGGCUGUUGGGCCAGUUGGAGGAUUUGCGAGAUGAGCGACUGGCUAAGAUCCUGACCAUGCUGCAGGCUAUCUGCCGGGGCAAGAUCAUGAGGAUGGAACGGCAGAGGCUGAUGGAGAAAAAAGAAGCCAUAAGGGUAAUUCAGUGGAACAUCCGGGCCUUCAACGCAGUAAAACACUGGCCCUGGAUGAAGCUCUUCUUCAAGAUCAAGCCCCUCCUGAGGAGCGCGGCCACGGAGAAGGAGCUGGCCAACCUGAGAGAGGAGUUCCUCAAGCUGAAGGAGGCCCUGGAGAAGUCCGAGGCCAAGCGCAAGGAGCUGGAGGAGAAGCAGGUCACCCUGAUCCAAGAGAAGAACGACCUCUCUCUGCAGCUCCAGGCUGAGCAGGACAACUUAGCGGAUGCAGAAGACCGCUGCGACCUGCUGAUCAAGGCGAAGAUCCAGCUGGAGGCCAAACUGAAGGAAAUGACAGAGCGCCUGGAGGAUGAGGAAGAGGUCAACGCCAGCAUCCUCGCCAAGAAACGCAAGCUGGAGGAUGAGUGCGCUGAGCUGAAGAAGGACAUCGAUGACCUAGAGAUCACUCUUGCCAAGGUGGAGAAGGAGAAGCAUGCCACUGAGAACAAGGUCAAGAACCUAAUCGAGGAGAUGGCAGCUCUGGAUGAGUCUAUUCUCAAGCUGACGAAGGAGAAGAAGGCCCUUCAGGAGGCACACCAGCAGACUCUAGACGACCUUCAGGCAGAAGAGGACAAAGUCAACAUGCUGACCAAGGCCAAGGCCAAACUAGAGCAGCAAGUAGACGAUUUGGAAGGUUCCCUGGAACAGGAGAAGAAGCUGCGCAUGGACUUGGAGCGAGCUAAGCGCAAGCUGGAAGGUGAUCUCAAGCUGUCCCAGGAAUCUGUCAUGGACCUGGAGAAUGACAAGCAGCAGCUUGAGGAGAAGCUGAAGAAGAAAGACUUUGAAAUGAGUCAAGUUAACUCCAAAAUUGAGGAUGAACAAGCUCUGGCGAUUCAGCUGCAUAAGAAAAUUAAAGAACUUCAGGCACGUAUAGAGGAGCUGGAGGAAGAGCUGGAGGCGGAGCGGGCGUCACGGGCGAAGGCGGAGAAGCAGCGGUGCGACGUGACGCGGGAGCUGGAGGAGCUGAGCGAGCGGCUGGAGGAGGCGGGCGGGGCCACCUCCGCCCAAAUCGAGAUGAACAAGAAGAGGGAGGCCGACUUCCUGAAGCUGCGGCGGGACCUGGAGGAGGCCAUGCUGCACCACGAGGCCACGGCCGCCGCCCUGCGGAAGAAGCACGCCGACAGCGUGGCCGAGCUGGGCGAGCAGAUCGACAGCCUGCAGCGGGUCAAGCAGAAGCUGGAGAAGGAGAAGAGCGAGGCCAAGAUGGAGGCGGAUGACCUGGCCUCCAACCUGGAGCACCUCUCCAAGAGCAAGGCUGCAGCUGAGAAGAUGUGCAGGACAUACGAGGAUCAGCUGAGUGAGAAAAAGGCGCAGGUGGAUGAGCUCCAGAGGCAGCUUAUGGACGUCACCUCACAGCGAGCCCGGGCUCAGACUGAGAAUGCUGAACUGAGCAAGAGGCUGGAGGAACGUGAAGCCCUGGUGAGCCAGCUACAACGCACCAAGAACUCCAUGUCCCAGAAUGCAGAGGACCUCAAGAAGCAACUGGAAGAGGAGAAUAAGGCAAAGAACGCCCUUGCCCACGCCCUGCAGUCAUCCAGACAUGACUGUGACCUACUGAGGGAGCAGUAUGAGGAGGAGCAAGAGGCCAAGUCAGAGCUCCAGCGUGCCCUUUCCAAGGCCAACGCAGAGGUGGCCCAGUGGAGGGUUAAAUAUGAGACGGAUGCCAUCCAGAGGACAGAGGAGCUUGAGGAAGCAAAGAAGAAGCUGGUGGCACGCCUGCAGGAAGCAGAGGAAGCCGUGGAGGCUGUAAACGCCAAGUGCUCCUCGCUGGAGAAGACCAAGCACCGGCUGCAGACGGAGAUCGAGGACCUGGUGGUGGACCUGGAGCGGUCCAAUGCCGCCGCUGCCGCCCUGGACAAAAAGCAGCGCAACUUCGACAAGGUGCUGUCCGAGUGGAAGCAGAAGUACGAGGAGACGCAGGUGGAGCUGGAGUCCUCUCAGAAGGAGGCCCGCAGCCUGAGCACCGAGCUCUUCAAGCUCAGGAAUGCCUAUGAGGAGUCCAUCGACCACCUAGAGACCGCGAAGCGUGAGAACAAGAACCUCCAAGAGGAGAUCUCUGAUCUGUCUGAUCAGAUCAGCCAAGGUAGGAAGACUCUGCACGAGCUGGAAAAGGUGAAGAAGGUCCUAGAUGUAGAGAAGAGUGAGAUCCAGGCAGCACUGGAGGAGGCUGAGGGUACCCUGGAGCAUGAGGAGAGUAAGACCUUGCGCAUCCAUCUUGAGCUCAACCAGGUAAAGGCAGAGAUCGACAGGAAGAUGGCAGAGAAGGACGAGGAAAUCGAUAAUCUCCGCCGUAAUCACCAGCGCAUCCUGGAGUCCAUGCAGGCCACCCUGGACGCAGAGGCCAAGUCCCGCAAUGAGGCCAUUAGACUGAAGAAGAAGAUGGAGGGUGACAUGAAUGAGAUGGAGAUCCAGCUGAACCACGCCAAUCGCCAGGCUGCAGAGUCGCAGAAGUUGGUGCGCCAUUUGCAGGCCCAGAUCAAGGACCUGCAGGUGGAGCUGGACGAGAGGAUCCACCAGAACGAGGACCUCAAGGAGCAGAUGGCGGUGACAGAGCGGCGGAACACCCUGCUGGCAGCGGAGGUGGAGGAGCUGCGCAGCGUGCUGGAGCAGACGGACCGUGGCCGUAAGCUGGCCGAGCACGAGCUGCUGGAGAUGACCGAGAGGGUCAACCUGCUGCACUCUCAGAACACAGGGCUGAUUAACCAGAAGAAGAAGCUGGAGGCUGACUUGUCCAUGCUGGCAGGUGAGGUGGACGAGGCUGUGCAGGAGUGCCGCAAUGCAGAGGAGAAGGCCAAGAAAGCCAUCACUGAUGCGGCCAUGAUGGCUGAAGAGUUGAAGAAGGAACAGGACACCAGUACCCACCUGGAGCGCAUGAAGAAGAACAUGGAGCAGACCAUCAAGGACCUGCAGAUGCGGCUGGACGAGGCCGAGCAGAUCGCCCUCAAGGGGGGCAAGAAGCAGGUCCAGAAACUGGAGAGCAGGGUGAGAGAGCUUGAGAAUGAGCUGGAAUGUGAACAGAAGAAGAGCAACGAGCUGCAGAAGGGAGUGCGCAAGUACGAGCGGAGGAUCAAAGAGCUCACCUACCAGACCGAGGAGGACAGGAAAAACCUGCUGCGACUGCAGGAGCUCAUUGACAAGCUGCAGUCCAAGGUGAAGAGCUACAAGAGGCAGGCCGAGGAAGCGGAGGAGCAGGCCAACUCCAACCUGACCAAGUACAGGAAGCUCCAGCACGAGCUGGAUGACGCUGAGGAGCGUGCCGACAUGGCCGAGACUCAGGUCAACAAGCUGCGCGUUCGCACCCGGGAUCAAGGGGGAAAGAUUGCUGAAUGAAUGGGAAGGGACUCCACAACAGGGUUUCCACAUCAAAGACGGUGCCAUCUGGUGGCUCAAACAGUUGUGACCGUGUGAAGAUGUGAAUUCUAAUGUGGCUACCUAUUCAAGUUAUUCAUAGCAUUGGCCUGCAAGAUAAGAAAAUAAGGAUAUUUGACAUAACGGGUCAUACUCACUUUGGCAUAAUCCAAA